CAAACCACAAACCCUCUCUCUCUCUUUCGCCCUCUCUGACCCCAAAUUCUCUUCCUCUCUCUCCAACCCAAACCCUCCAUCGUUGAAAACCUAAGGUCCCCUCUACUUUCAAUUUCAUAAUCGGCAUUUCCACGUCUGUGCUACCAUCGACAACGGCCUCCCUCUAUCACCGUGUCUCCCUCUGCGUGUCUCUCUCACCAUCUCCGUCUCCCUCUCACGGUCUCACCAGUCACCACCGCCGCCCCCCUCUCGCAUCCGCUGUCUGUAUCAAGGGGAACAUCUGUGUUGGAUUUCAAAAGGAGGAUUAAGACAUUGAAGCCACCUGCUUUUUCAAGGAUUUUUGUGAUGUUGGUUGGGCCUGCAGGUGCAGGGGCAUCAGCUGGUGGUGCUGGAACUGCUGGCCCUGCAGCAGGAGCUUGGGCUAAGAUUUUGGUGCAAUGGGAAAGGAAAAUGAGUAGAAGUGAUUCUACCAAGUAUUGAAGCAGCCGACCGCCUCGGGCCGAAGCAAAAACACUGGUUCAUAUUAGGACGCUACUUGCUAUUGUCGGAAACUGAGGCUGAAGACAACCCAAAUGUUCUACCUCAGCCGAAUUGAGCACACUCUGCGUCUGCCUCCUCAUCUGCUUAGCCUUCGUCUAGAAGAUGCAGUUAGGGGAGAGCUUGAGAAGCUUUUCUUAGAUAAGGUUAUCGCCAACUUGGGACUUUGCAUUUCUGUGCAUAGUAUCCAAUCCAUUAAGGAUGGCUUUAUCUUACCUAAUGAUGGUCAUCCCACUUUUAGGGUGGAGUUCACACUGAUUAUGUUUCGUCCAUUUGUGGGAGAGAUAAUUGUUGCAAAACUUAAAGAAUCUACUGCAAAUGGUUUACGUUUGUCCCUCGAAUUUUUUGAUGAUAUUUAUGUACCUGUUCAUCUUUUGCCUGUUCCAUCCCAUUCUGUGCCUGACCCAGGAAAGAGGGAUAGAGUCAUGUGGAUAUGGAAGUUUCCUGAUUCAGAUGAAGAACUUGUUAUUGAUGGGAUAGACCAGAUAAAAUUCCAAGUUCACAGUGUGAACUUUCCUCCAAUUCCAAUUGAGCAGCCAGAAGACUCAAAACCAUUUGCCCCUAUGGUGGUUACAGGUUCAAUUGAUUUUGAUGGUUUGGGCCCUGUUUCGUGGUGGGUGGAUGCAGAAGAUAAAGAUGAAGAACCUGAAGAUCCUUAAGCUGACAGACCUUCAGCAAAGGGGAGCUAUAUCAUGUUUCUCAUGAAUGUGUUUGAAGGCAUGAAUACAAUUUGAUUUGAGCUUGUAACUUCUUCAUUUUAGGUUAUACAUAAACUAUUGUAGUUCAAAUUAGCAUGAUGGGAAGGUGGACAAACUUUAGUGGUGUAGGGGGUAAGACAAUAUUUGUAUGAAUUCCAUUGUGAAUCAGCUUAGCUUGAGCCUUGAGGGUUAGUGGUUUUGACCUGCUGCCCCAUUUGCAAUAUCUUGGGGAAACUGCUACUUGCACAUA